AUGGAUGGCGUCAAAUGCUCCGAAUGUCAAGGUAAAUUCGAUUUCCCCUGCGCCGGCAUUACCGAAGGUGGUUGGCGAAAACUAGGAGAUCGCAAAAAUACAUGGAGGUGUAGUGGCUGCAAGGCAAUGGCAGCUUCUAACCCUCGCCUUUCGCCUGCCCGCGCCGCUACAAACCCUUUGGACAUGGACAUCAUUAUGAUGCAGCUUAAGGCCCUAGCGGCACGUAUGGACAACAGCCUACCUGCAUUGCUUGAAAACGUCAAGGCUAUUCAAGUGGAACUUGCUGACCUAAAAACCCUCAAAGCUGAGUGUACUACCCUUAAAUCUAGUGUGGAAUUCCUCAGCCACUCAGUGGAUUCUCUCAGCAGCAAGUUGUCCGACGUGGAAAGCGAAAUGGACUCGCUUAAAAAAACAAAAACGGACAUAUCUGCUAUCCAAGAACGCUGCUCCAAGCUCGAGGAUCUUCGCAACGAGUCAGAACAAAAAUUGAGGCAGAACAACAUUGAAAUUAAGGGUGUACCGAUAACCAACUCUGAAAACCUUUUUACUAUCAUCGAGAAGAUCGGUAACACAAUUGGAUGCACUAUACCAAAGGAACAAAUAAACUAUAUCGCGCGCUUGCCAACGCGCAACAACGAUAAGAACAAGAACAUCAUCUGCUCAGUACACAAUCGCUACAUAAAAAACAACUUCGUGGCCGCAGCAAAAAAAUUGAAAGCAGGCAUAAAUGCGACUAUCUUAGGAUUUCAAUCGGACACCCAUAUUUAUGUUAACGACCACUUAACUAUGGAGAAUAAAAUUCUUCUAAAUAAAACGAAGUCAUUGGCUAAACAGAAAGAUUUUUUAUAUGUCUGGGUGUCGGGGUGCAAAAUCCUCAUCAAAAAGAAUGCAACAUCACCGACAUUCCACAUCGAAACGGAAAAGGAUCUGCAAAAGUAUAUUCGUUAA